AGGAAAUGACACAGAGCUCUACACCAUUCUGAAAUUACAACAACUUACAACAAGCAGCAAACAGCCAACACAGCCGCUAACAUGUUGCACCCUUCCUUACAUAUAACUAUUUAAAAAUAUACUCCUACAUACGUACUAUUCCCAACUCUACCGAUUUAUAUGUACUUUGAUUGUGUAUAUUAUAUUUUUCAUAUAGAUUGGUUUGGUGUGUGUGUGUGUGUGUUUUGAGGGGGGGUGGCCCACCAGCUCAAUCUUUUGGCUGACCAAAUUUGAAAAAUAUUGUGGGCAAGAUAAAAACUUUAAAAAGAUGGGGAGAAAGAAAGCUUUGUAACUUUAGUUGUAAGUUGUAAGACUACAUACAUACAGUAGAGAGAGAGAGAGAGAGAGAGGCAGAAAGGGAGAGGGAUGUUAGAUAAAGAGAGGAAAUAUUCUGUUUAGCUUUUCAAGUGUGUGUGUGUUUGUGUGUGUUUGUGUUUUUUGGUUGUUUUCUUCUGUAAUCAAACAAAGGUCUUCGUUCCAAGUCCAACCCAAGUCCAGAUCUCUCUCUGCAACCCAACAAAGAGAGUCUUCUCUUCUCAUCUCAUCCCCUCUCCCCAGAUAUUGUGCUUUUUUUAAAAAAAAAAUAAAUAAAGAUUAAUCCUUUUUUUUCUUUCAUUUUGGAAGUGUUUGAAUUGGGUUGUUUGUUGGUUUAUUUGGACUUCUUCCCAAGUAUAAUCAAUCUUUUGGCAUAAUCUGUGAGAGAACUAUUAGCUAGCUACCUUCUAAAGAGCUGCUUCUGAAUAAUACCCCCAAAGUUUUCUUUUAUCUGUUUGUAUUUGGAGAAACUCUUUGCUUGUUCUUUCCCCUCUUUAUUUUGUUCCUUUGCUCCGUUUUUGGGUUCUUCUUCAAUUAAAAAAAAAAAAAAAGAAGCUUGUUUUUGUGUAACUAGCUAAGGGGUUUACUUCAUAUAAAACCACCACUUUUUUUUCUUUCUCCUGUGUUAGUCUUUUUUUGUUCCAUAUGUUAGUCAUGUCUGGUAAUGUCUUUACUACGACUGUCCCUUCUUCAGUCAAUGGUUUUGCAUCUCAGGAAGCUGAUGCAAACCCUAAUAAUCUUCUUAAACCUGUCAACCCCUCAGCUGGCAAGAAGAAGAGAAAUCUACCAGGAAAUCCAGAUCCAGAUGCAGAAGUGAUUGCUUUAUCGCCAAAAACACUCAUGGCGACUAACAGAUUCAUCUGUGAAAUCUGCAACAAGGGAUUCCAGAGGGACCAGAAUCUGCAGCUUCACAGAAGAGGGCAUAACCUUCCAUGGAAGCUGAAGCAAAGGAACAAGCUGGAACCGGUGAAAAGGAAGGUUUACAUCUGCCCGGAAAAGAGCUGCGUUCACCAUGACCCUUCCCGGGCACUAGGCGAUUUGACCGGGAUUAAGAAGCAUUUCAGCAGGAAGCACGGGGAGAAGAAGUGGAAGUGCGAAAAGUGUUCGAAGAAAUACGCAGUUCAGUCUGAUUGGAAAGCUCAUUCUAAGACCUGUGGGACUCGCGAGUACAAAUGUGACUGUGGCACACUCUUUUCCAGGAAAGACAGUUUUAUCACCCACAGAGCUUUCUGUGAUGCAUUAGCCGAAGAAAGUGCAAGAGUAACUUGUGUGGGCACAAAUAAUCUCAACUUCAAAACUGAGCAUCUGAAUCCCAAUCUGAUGAACAAUUUCGGUCACCCUGGGUUGACCGGAGGAGCUGGAAUUCCCCAAAUCGGAGUUGAUUUUGGGAAUCAUCAGCUGAAGCCCAGGCUUUCAUUAUGGUUGGAUCAGGCUAAUAAUUCUGGAACUCAUGUAGUGGAUAUGUCUGGGAAUUCAAAUCUGUUCAUGCCUUCAUCAAAUUCAACAGCAACAGGGAUACAUCAUGAUAUCAUGCAACUGUCAAACCCAAACAAUAUGUUCAGUUCUUCUCUAUCCUUAUCUUCAUUUCCACCACCACCACCACAACACCAACAAGGCCUCGUUGGCGUCGGAUUGAACUCGAAGGAUGGAGGAAUUAGUGAUACCAAAGGAAGCGGAAUGGCGGAAACCCUUCCUUCUUCUCUCUUCUCUAAUAACAACUCCCAGUCAUCAAAAUCUUCUUCGGCACCGAUGUCAGCCACUGCACUUCUUCAGAAAGCAGCUCAGAUGGGCUCAACCCAAAGUAACCCCUCAUUCUUCGGCACCAGUUUUGGGCUCAUGAACUCUUCUUCUGCUUCCAGCCCACAAAACUUCAACGGUGGUAGUCUUCAGGUGUUUGGGAAACAGCCCGAACAAAUCUUAACCGGGCCGGCAACAGCCGGUGGUGAUGGUUUGAUGGGAGGAGGAGGGUCGAACUUGACUUCGUCGGGAAGUUCCACAUUAACAAAUAGUAAUAAUAAUAAUCAGAUGGAUCAAUCGCCGACGACGAUGGUGCAAAAAACAGCAACUGAGAGUAGUACUAAUAAUACUCAGUCUGGUUCAACGUUGGGUUUUCACCCGGGUGGGUUCACCCGGGAUUUUCUUGGAAUGGGAGCUCCUGGAGAUGGUAACAUGGGUGGACGUCCUUUCUUGCCUCAUGAACUAGCUAAGUUCGCUUCCAUGAGUUCUGCUAUGGGUUUAGGCCAUUUUGGUUCCAGUACUUAAAAUCUUCUCUCUUUUUGGUUUUUGAUUCAAUAUGUAAAAUACAGUGAUCAGCAAAAAGCACCCUUUUAAUUUCUUCCUUUUUAAUCUUCAUAUGAAUUAUGAAACCCCUCGUUUCCCCCAUAAUGUUUUUUUUUUGCUUUGAUUUUGUUUAGGAUUAAUGAAGUGAACAAGGUAAUUGUUGAAGAAAGAAAUGGUCGUAAUUAGAACCAGAAAAAUCAUUACGACACAUUUCGACAAAUGACAAUUUUUUUUACAGAGUCCAGUGGGAAGAGAUCUUUGGGAUUUGGGAUUCAGCAAAUUUUUUGGGCAAAGGGGAGAGAUUGAAGCAUCAAUGCAAGCUGUUCGAUGGUGCAUUUUUUUUGUUUUUUGUCUGAGCGCCUGCGGAUCCAUCUGUGCCUCUUUGGUGGUACUGGUUUCGGAGCUUCGCUAGCUUUUUAGUCUUUAUCCCUAACUCCGGUCGAUCUUACCACGUUUUUUUCUUAUGCAUUUUGUGAAAAAAAAAAUACGUAAAAUAAAAUUUGGCAUUUUGGAGUUGAACGACACGGAAUACUAUGAAAUCCGUUGACAACACGUCAAAGUAAUCCACCCAUCUCGUCAACGUUGGUGCGUGUAACAGUCAUCUUUUAC